AAAUGUAUCGCAUACGGCUCAUAUAACAUCACUAACCUCGUGUUUUCCUUUCAUCGCCAUUGCUUUGUAGCCGCAAGUUAGUUUCACAAUUUUAGAAAUAUAUACGUCAAAAUGUCUGCCGUGGAGACACCAAAAGUUGAGGCCAUCGUGUCCGAAGUUGCUGCAACAGCAACCGGCGAGGAUGCCAAGAAACAAAAGAAGCCAAAGCCGAACAACAAGAAACUGCGACAAGAGGCUGCUGCUAAAAUUGUGGCUGAGGGAGGCGAGCCGGUCGCAAACACAAAUGGCGAUGCGGAGAAAAAGGCGCCAGCAGGAGCGGCUCAGCCAGCAAAGAAGAAGAACAAGGGCAAAAAAGUAGGUGGUGGUCAAACAGAUCCCCCAACUAUUCCCAUUUCGGAGCUGUUUGCCAAUGGCAACUAUCCCGAGGGUCAGAUAAUGGAGUAUCCCACGCCAAAGGAUAUGCCCGACGAUCGCACGGCCAAGGAUCGUUUCACAUCGGAGGAGAAGCGCGCACUGGACCGCAUGAACAAUGAUAUCUAUCAGGAGCUGCGUCAGGCAGCCGAGGCGCAUCGUCAAACUCGUCAGUAUAUGCAAAGUUACAUUAAGCCAGGCAUGACAAUGAUACAGAUCUGUGAGGAACUGGAGAACACCGCACGUCGCCUUAUUGGUGAGAAUGGCUUGGAUGCCGGCUUGGCCUUUCCCACCGGAUGCUCGCUAAACCAUUGUGCUGCCCAUUAUACACCAAAUGCGGGCGACACAACGGUGCUGCAGCACGAUGAUGUGUGCAAAAUUGAUUUUGGCACGCACAUCAAAGGACGCAUCAUUGACUGCGCCUUCACGCUGACAUUCAACAAUAAGUAUGAUAAACUUCUCCAGGCUGUCAAGGAGGCCACCAACACUGGCAUCAAGGAGGCCGGCAUUGAUGUGCGUCUAUGCGACAUUGGUUCAGCAAUUCAAGAGGUGAUGGAAUCGUAUGAAAUCGAACUGGAUGGCAAGACUUAUCCUAUUAAGGCCAUACGUAAUCUGAACGGACACUCAAUUAGCCCGUACCGUAUUCAUGCUGGCAAAACUGUGCCGAUUGUUAAAGGCGGCGAAUCGACUCGCAUGGAGGAGGAUGAGUUUUAUGCGAUUGAAACCUUUGGCUCCACAGGUCGUGGUCUAGUGCACGAUGACAUGGACUGUUCGCAUUAUAUGAAGAACUUUGAUUUACCAUUUGUGCCAUUACGUCUGCAGUCUUCCAAGCAACUCUUGGGUACCAUUAACAAGCACUUUGGCACCUUGGCCUUCUGCAAGCGUUGGUUGGAUCGCGCUGGCGCCACAAAAUACCAAAUGGCUCUGAAAGAUCUGUGCGAUAAGGGCAUUGUCGAGGCCUAUCCGCCACUGUGCGAUAUCAAGGGAUGUUAUACGGCUCAAUAUGAGCACACCAUUAUGCUUCGACCGACCUGCAAGGAGGUCGUCUCACGUGGCGAUGAUUAUUAGAUGGGAAUGAACAAGACGAGUUUUGUCAUUAGACUUUGUGUGAUGCAUUAAAUACAUAACUGCUGUUUAUUUUAUAUAAGUUCAUUCGAUUGUUGGAUUUGUGUAAGAGUGAAGCGAUUUCAAUAUACUGUGUAUUGUGCUAAUCAUUCACAUAA